GGCAGCUAAUCUUCAAAAUGAUGAAGAUCAGACAGUAGGAACUGAAGUUAGUGAUAUAGAUCAUCGAAGGAAAAGAAAGAGAAAUCCGAAAUAUUUCAUAGAGUCAACCGAAGAUGAAUGUAAUCUUCAUUACAAUGUUAAGAAAAGUUGUACAUCAAAUCAACUACUGUCUGACGACAGUGAAAGUGAGGAAACGCUAGAAGAAGAUCUUCAGGCCAAAGUUGCAACAUUACUAUCCAAGAAAAAUAGUAGAAAACCAAAGGUUCCUCAAGACAAGGAGAUUUCUAUGGUUAUGAAAUACAAGGAUUUAAUUAAUACACAUGAUUCAAAAAAGGACUAUUUGGUUGAUGUAAAUAAUAUAACAGAAAGUCACUCACAUACUAAAAUAAUACAUAAGCAAACAGGUGCCGCUGCACACGCAGUAACAGAAGCAAUAAUUCCUAUGUCCUUUCCAAAUACCUCUGGUAUGAUUGGAAAUAAUGUUCAACAAUCAGAAUCUGCUUUACUAUUCACUCCAAUAAUACAAAAUGUACAAAAGGAAAAUAGUAAAGUAAUUAUUACUUCAGCAGACAACGCUUAUAAAAGUAUCUCGCAGGAGUUAUGUCAAUCUACUUAUUUAAAUAAGGAACACUCUGAGAUUACACCUAUAUCAAGUAGCGAGCAUUCUAAAGAAAAUAGGUCUCAUGAUGCAAACUACAAUAAUUCAUUUAGAACAUUUGUUUCUUCCAGUAAGAAUCAAUCAACAAAUGAUAACACAAUUGCCGUAGACAAAGUUAAGACAGAGUUGCUUCAAGAAAUAAGCAGUAAACUUGAUUUUGUAAUGAUGAACACAACAAAAAUUCUUACGCAUUUAGCACCAGAGGAAAGUCUCCUCUUAAGACCAAAUAACCUGCCGGCCCUUCCGCUGAAGUCAGUUAAUGAAUAUGAAACGUUUGAAGAAUUUUUAAAUAAUUCUACGAAUUUCUCUGCAGUG